AUUGACAGUUCGAGGCAAAAAAAAUUGACACUUGAUUUUACUUGAAUUUUCCAAUCGAACUGGAUACAAUUUUGUGAAGAAAAUGACUACGAUCCUGCGAAGAGCUGUAACUCAGUACUUGAGGAGCCAAGUGCGUGCUGGCUCCCACGCUGCCACCGCUGGUGGACAUGGAGGUGGCUACAAGCUGUGGAAAAAGGUGUCUUUCUUCGUGGCUUUCCCCGCGGUUGGGCUCGGUAUGCUGAACGCUUACCUUGCGCAUCAGGAGGAACACCAUGAACCCCCACCAUUCGUCCCCUACGAGUACAUGAGGGUCCGUACAAAGCGUUUCCCAUGGGGUGAUGGCCAGAAGUCCCUGUUCCACAACCCCCAUGUCAACGCCCUGCCCACUGGCUAUGAAGGUCAUCACUAAAUUCUUCACAUUUCGUCAGCAUUAUAUAGAAUUUGUGCUUUAGUAACAAAAUUAUUGUGAUAAGUAAGAAAAUACAAUCAUAAAAUUGUAAAA